AUGGAUAAUCAGCAUAUGCGUAUAAAAACGGAAAGGACAACUCAGGAGCAGCUGCAACAUUACAUAAUGUUUUGCAAGCAGCAUCCUGAGUCAUUGAUGCAUUGUAAACAUCAGUUGCGAUCGCGAGCGCGCAAACUGAAGGCACAUGCGCAAGCGACUGGUGGAGGCCCUCCGAUAAAUGGAAUGAGCAAAUUCGAGGAGCAAGCAAUUUCAACUUUUGGAGCAGCAGCGGUGGAUGGAUUGCCGGGUGUUACGACUUUGGGUCACCAAGUUUUGGCGUUGUAUUUAAAUACAGUCACAUCGCCUGCUCCAGCGCCAACACCAACAGUCACAUCGCCUGAUCCAGCGCUAACACCAACAGUCACAUCGCCUGCUCCAGCGCCAACAACAAUAGUCGCAUCGGCUGCUCCAGCAUCCUCGCCAGCAGUCACAUCUCCUGCUCCAGCUUUUCCUGCUCUGACUUUAAAUUUUUCUUCCUCGCCAUCACCUCAUUUUUCUUCCUCACCAUCACCUUAGAUAAGUAAUAAUAAAAAUCUAAAAAAAUAAAAAAAAUUAAAUAAAAAUGUA